UUUAUUUGUAGCAUUUGUUUUUCUUAACAGAUUCGUUGAACACGUGUACAAGAAGAUACCUGUGGAAAGGAUAGCAAAUACAUAUCAUUUUCUAUUGCUAUUAUUCAUUUGCAUUAUAUAGUUGCGGUUUGAAUAACACCCUGGCAUUUUCUGAAAUGUUUAAUGGCAUUGGUGUGUACAUUAAACAUUAAAGACAGUAUAUACAUAUCUGGACCUUGACUGGCCACCUGAAACCUCUUCAGUCAUUAUGAAUGCAAAAAAUGAUUAGUCCAGACUAAUAUUCCAAAAUCAUUUCACUUCUACACAGUGGUGUUAAAUUGGUAACUCAAUGUAGGGGUGUGUAGAAGUUAGUAAAACUAUCGUUGAUAUUAUGGAAAACCAAGAAAAUGAAGACCGCAAUGAGAACGCCCUGCAGUUGGAUGACAGCCUGACUAAUAUUAAUUGGCUGGGAAGGUUUUCUUGUAAAGGCAUAGCUCAAGAUAAAGGAAAGAAGAUCACAAAGACUAAGAUUGUGAAGCCUCCAAGAUCUCCGUCAACUAAGCGUCCACCAUAUUCCUAUUCAGAGUUGAUAAAACUUGCCAUCGGCAGUGUACCGGAAAAACAGUUGCCACUUCGACAGAUAUAUGCCUGGGUAGAAGAGCAUUUUCCAUACUACAAAUACGAAGCCAACCCAGGGUGGAAGAACUCAAUCCGACACAGCCUUUCUAUGCGGGACAUCUUUGUGAGACGGACAGAUAGAAAUAGCAGAACUGCGUACUGGACUAUUAAAUCCAACCCUGAAACUCAAAGCUGCCAAUCUAAUGAGCAGAAUUAUCUAGGUCAGGUGCUAAAUGGCCAAUUAAACUAUGUCCCUAACCUUCCCAUGAUGAUUAAUGUGAAUAAUAGAGUUACUAUCGUGCCACCACAAAAUAAAGCUGUCUCUGUAAAGAAAAUGAAAGCCUUACUUCCCCGAGGGAUUGCUCCACGCCUCAUUCCUGUUCCCAUUUUCAUAAACCCUCCUGUAAUGUGUGAGCCAUCUUCUGUGCCAUUGUCUACUCCACCCAUCACUCAAGCUUCUAGGAGAAAGAGGGUAAUCGCUCCAAAGCUUCCCGUAUCAAGGAACUUGCUUCCUGGAAUGUCUUCUUCCGGAGAGUGUAGUACACAAGCCCCUUCAAAUGAGACUGCAGCUGCACCCGGGUCAGUUAUAGCUAAACGAUGGAAACGAUCUGGUCAGCCCAGACUUCAUCAGAAGCUGAAACAGAAACACCAGACGCUAGCAGAGCCUCACUUGCAGUUGCAGGAGAAUCUUGUUCUGUCUACUGACUCUGGCUUAGAAAUUGAUGAAGACGUCUCAUUAGAACAGAAGACAAACUGUGAGAGAUUUACUUCCUCUCCCUUUAAAACCCCUACAAAAAAUAAUCUGGUGGGCCUGGCCACAUCGACUCCAUGCAGGGGAUCUCGCUGUCUUUCCCCAAGUGGGAUUCUUUCCUCAUGGAAGACAGGGCUGACUCCUCCCAAGUUUGUGGACAGUUUAUUGGAUGGUAGUUUAUUUAAAUCUCCCGGUGCAGGGAGUUGGGGAUGUAUAAGUCUCGGAUUUUCAACCCUUGGUGACAAUGUGAAGACCAUCCUUGACAAUAACAAUAGUGAGAAAGAUUUGACAGAGUUCAGUUUCCUUGGUUUUACUCCAAUUAAAAAUGGCAGACUUUCAGAGGGAUCAGGAUUUGACCAACAGAAUGAGAGCUUGCCAAGAGUCUUUUCCAAUUUUACACUCCCAGAUACUGGAGAGGGAACUGACUUAGCCAACAUUAGCUGGUCUGCUUUUACUGCAGGGAAUAAUUGAUAGUGUUAUGGAUCACGAGAUGAUGCACAGUAUUAAUUUCUAAUAUGUAAACAAUCAUUUUGGAGAAACAUGUUUGUUUAUUGAAUCUGUGUCAUGUUACUGUGAUUCAUUAUGUAGCAGGUUUCACUCUAAAUGGCUUGCAAGGGACAUAAUGUAAAUAAAAUGUAUUCUAAUAGAACGUAUUUAUGUUAAGAUAUAAAUGUUUGCUUGGGGGGUGGGGAAAUAAAUAUUCAA